GCGCCGCGGCGGCGGGACCGGGCGGUGCCGGGGGCGCGGCCCCAUAAAAGGCCCCGCACUGGACGAGGCCCCCGUAUCGCCGUCAGAGCUGGGCACGCCGCUUCCGCAGCUCAAGAUGUCAAAAAAAAUCCAUGGAGGCUCUGUUGUGGAGAUGCAAGGAGAUGAAAUGACACGGGUCAUCUGGGAACUGAUUAAAGAAAAGCUGAUUUUUCCUUACGUAGAUCUGGAUUUGCACAGCUAUGACUUGGGCAUUGAGCAUCGUGAUGCUACAAAUGAUAAAGUAACUGUGGAAGCUGCUGAAGCAAUAAAGAAGUACAAUGUUGGCAUAAAGUGUGCAACUAUCACUCCUGAUGAGAAGAGAGUGGAGGAGUUCAAGUUGAAGCAGAUGUGGAAGUCUCCCAAUGGGACAAUUAGAAACAUCCUAGGUGGCACUGUCUUCAGAGAGGCUAUUAUCUGCAAGAACAUUCCCCGGUUGGUAUCUGGAUGGGUGAAACCCAUUGUCAUCGGCCGUCAUGCUUACGGGGACCAAUACAGAGCAACUGAUUUUGUGGUCCCUGGGCCUGGAAAAGUAGAGAUGACUUACACUCCAGCAGAUGGUGGCAAACCAGUUACAUAUCUGGUCCAUAACUUUGAAAGCUGUGGUGGUGUAGCCAUGGGAAUGUAUAAUCUUGACCAGUCUAUUAAGGAUUUUGCCCACAGUUCCUUCCAAAUGGCACUGUCUAAAGGUUGGCCUCUAUACAUGAGCACCAAGAACACCAUCCUGAAGAGAUAUGAUGGACGCUUUAAAGACAUCUUCCAAGAGAUCUAUGACAGAGAAUACAAAUCCCAGUUUGAAGCCAAAAAGAUCUGGUAUGAGCAUAGGCUCAUUGAUGACAUGGUUGCUCAGGCCCUCAAAUCAGAAGGGGGCUUUGUCUGGGCCUGCAAGAACUAUGAUGGAGAUGUGCAGUCUGACUCCGUUGCACAAGGCUAUGGCUCUCUGGGGAUGAUGACCAGUGUGCUGAUCUGCCCCGACGGCAAGACUGUGGAAGCAGAAGCUGCCCAUGGCACAGUUACUCGUCACUACCGCAUGCACCAGAAAGGCCAGGAAACUUCCACUAACCCCAUUGCCUCCAUCUUUGCAUGGACAAGAGGACUUGCUCACAGAGCUAAGCUGGACAACAACACUAGCCUUAAGACCUUUGCUGCUGCCUUGGAAGAAGUCUGCAUUAAGACUAUUGAAUCUGGCUUCAUGACAAAAGACCUUGCUGCCUGUAUCAAAGGCCUACCUAAUGUCACACGCUCCGACUACCUGAACACCUUUGAGUUUAUGGACAAGAUUGCUGAGAACUUGAAGGUGAAGCUGGCCACUCUGCCUAAACUGUAAGCCAGUCUGCAAUCACAGCUCUGGUCAAACCAGUGAUGACACUGUCCAACAGACCUUAGAAAUCAGGACCAUCAUUUCCCCAGUACUGUCCAGAGGAUAAGUGAGCUCACAGGGCUAUGCCAACUCUACUGCAGCACCUCUCUUCAUCAGUUCAGUUUUUCAUGCCAACUGGAGCAUAGUAGCCUGAUUUGGCCCUGUUGCUACAUUCAGUACUGCAGCAUCUGAGAAGCACUUAGUAAAUGCUGGAAACAAACCCUAGAGGCUAAGAGCCUAACAAAGCCAUGGCACAGUGCAGGCCAUGUAUUUAGUUGUACUCCUUCUGACUGGAUGUAAAGCAUAGGAACUGUUCCCUCUUCCCCUACCCCACAAUUGCACCACAAGGUGCAAAACUUUCCACUUUUCUCCAGGUGUCUGUGCUAUUACUUAUUGUCUCUGUUGUGAUACAGCAAGACAGAUUAUUACUGUGAAAAACUGUUCCAUCCAUGGGUUUAUUUGGGGCUUUUUUUAAAGAACAUUUUAGGUCAGACUAAAAUAAAACCCCAUUAAUGUUCUUUGUAGCUUCCCUUCCUGUAUGUGAUUAGCAUACAUGGGGAAAUUCUGCCUCAGACUCCAGUACCUUUCAGCACCAUUCAGUAUAUGCUGGGACUGACUGUUGGAAUGUGAUACAAACACAAAAAUAUCUCCUCUAAGAGUUUUAAUUUGUUCUGAUGCAUGUCAAGAUAUGAUCUAUAGUGUAGUGGUAAGCAUCAAUGAGGUCACUAGGAUUUAAAGGUAACAUUUCCACCUAGGUUUUAUUUUAGGACUAAUACAACUUUAAAAAAAAGCAGAAACUGGUUAUGCAGGAGAUGAACCCUCACCCUGCACAUGAGUUGCUGUAAGUGUUGGUAGGACAGAUAUUAGAUGGGAUCAGCUAGUACUAACAAUUGUUCUGGUAUGUAUAUGUUUGAAAUACAGCUCUACAACUACUAGCAGCUGUCACUGUGCCUUCAGUAUGAAUGAACAUGGUAGUCUACUGUUCUGCUAUUAACCCAAGCAUAUAAGAAGCACAGCUGGAAAAAGUCUUGUUGCUAACCUUUAAAGGCAACUGAAACAAUCAUCAGGACAGCUGGAGAUAUUAUGUUCCUGUCUGGAUUUUAUGUUCCUAUCCUGUUCUGAUAUUUAUGGUGCUACAGUCAAAUCAUAGUAUAGCAGCACCUCUACCACGUUCUGUGUUGUUUACUAGUUCCUACCCCACUUCUGGAGUUGAAGUACCAGAAAAAGCCUAGUACCUUUCAGGAAACUGAAUAAAUGGUAAUUUAAAAAUCA